AUGGUGGCUAACCAUGAUCUCCGUGGCCACCAUCUAGAUAACGACCUCGUCGCAUCGAUCUCUUUGCUCCUCGACAAAGCUCGUGUCCCCAACCUUCUUUGGGAUGCGCUGGUAGACGUCUCCUUCUCCGCUCUCUCUAAGGCCGGCUUUCAUUCUUGCACGGAAAGCUCAGAAUGCCCAUAUGCAAAUCCGCUACGAAGCCCUCCUCCCUCUGCGCAUCUACAUAUUGACAGCGAGACUGCUGUGUCAUUAUACCGGAAAUCCGAUGUACUUUGGGCCUUUCCCGACUUUGAAAUUGCCCCACAGCCCAAUAAUUCAGAUAUCAUGGCUGCGUCCGACAUUCGGCUUCCUACCGCAAUUUUGGGCCGUGGUCGUGGGCGUUUCUCUCCAUGUCACUCUUUCGUCCGAAUCCCGAGUGCCCCAAGGUACUGCGAAGCUCUGAUACUUCUGCUUUGUCGUGAUUAUGACACUGCUUACGAAACUUACUGGAUGGCAAUCCUGACUUAUAUGCUUGAGUUUGUUGAUGGAGUUGAUCUUCUUAACGAGGAUGGCUUAGGAGAAGCGUAUAGGCGAUUCUACCUCGCUUUGAAACAUGGGGAUUCAAGGAUGUACCUACUUCUGGACGGACUGCGCAGUGACUUAAAGAGAAGGCAGCUCCUUCCAUCAAAUAAACUCUACCAGGCAUAA